GUGCAAUAUUCAUGUAUCGGUUAAGUAUUGGAAACAGAAAAAUGUGGGAGACUUCAAUGAAUGGCCUUCUUAGCUUAGUUCGAAGGACUACUCCAUGUUUUACAUAUCUGCGUGAGAAGAUUGGAAGCUCUUUUACUGACAAGAUGGAUGCGCUUGCAUGCUUUGCUCCAGGCAUGCUAGCUUUAGGGGCUUCCGGUUAUGGUCCCACAGAAUCACAGAAGUUCUUGUCUCUGGCAGAAGAGAUAUACUGUUGUGUGUUAUGUAGAAUUGUGAAGUAUCAUCCUUUUUCCCCUAGACAUCAUUCAGGUUUUGUAGUAUCAAGAAAACCAAUUCUUGAUAAAUAAAGAUUCUUUAUGGAACAACUGUCAGCGAUGGUCAAGAUGGAUUUGGAAGAUGAGGCUGGUUACUCAAUUACUCCACAUCAAUCUGAACCUUCCCUGUAGAGUUACUACAGUGGAUCAGGGUCCAUGUUUUUA